AUGAAUACCACACCGCAGCAGAUCUUCAACUUCGAAGAGGCCCCAUUGUCGGAAGCCAACCCCGCGCGCCUCAAUGGCCCCUCAAUCACGAACGCUGUGCGAGGCUACACAACUACCUGGUUGUAUGGAGAUACACAGGCUAUUCGCGAGAGACGACUCCACCCGUCAGUUAAUUCCUUCCUGGCUUCGAUAUACUCGCCUGAGCCAGGCUUGUUUUACUGGGUGAAUGAUAUUUCAAUGGAGUUUUGCUCGCAUUGUGCCGGCGUGGUCUAUGACCAGCAGCUGCACCGCGCUGCUUUCCCAAUGACGCUGGGUAGCGUACAGCCGAUCGCCGAAGAUGAGGAUAUGUGGUUCCCGCUACAAAGGAUGCUUAGCAACUGGAUCCAUAUGCUUCUAACCGGUAAAAUCACGGCUAAUUUUCCAGAGUGCAAAGUGCCCGAAGAACUGGCAAGGUUCCGAUCGUAA